CCCUGGGUCGAGGAGGAUUAGCAGCCAACAUGCCGACUGUCGGAGUAAAAAGAGAUCUUCUCUUCAAAGCUUUGGGCAGAACUUACACCGACGAGGAGUUUGACGAGCUGUGCUUUGAAUUUGGGCUGGAGCUGGAUGAAAUUACCUCGGAGAAGGACAUAAUCAGCAGAGAGCAGGGUGACUCUAAGGCAUCAGGAGCAUCUGACAUCAUCCUGUACAAGAUUGAUGUACCUGCUAACCGCUAUGACCUGCUGUGUCUGGAAGGGCUGGUCCGUGGACUGCAGGUCUUCAAGAAUAAGUUGGAGGCACCUCGCUACAGACGUGUUACCCCGGCCAGUGGGGAGCCUCAGAAGCUGAUUAUUACUAAGGAGACAGCAGCAGUUCGACCCCAUGCUGUGGCAGCAGUGCUGAGGAACAUCACCUUCACACAGGAGCGCUACGACAGCUUCAUCGAGCUUCAAGAGAAGCUCCACCAAAACAUCUGCAGGAAGAGGAGCCUGGUGGCGAUUGGGACCCAUGACUUGGACACCAUCUCCGGUCCUUUCACAUACACAGCCAAACCUCCGGGAGACAUCAUCUUCAAACCCCUCAACCAGACUAAAGAGUACACUGCCACCCAGCUCAUGAGCCUCUACAAGACAGACAGCCACCUGAGGCAUUACCUUCACAUUAUUGAAGACAAGCCUGUGUACCCCAUCAUCUAUGACAGCAAUGGCAUUGUGCUGUCCAUGCCUCCCAUCAUCAAUGGGGACCAUUCAAAAAUCACUCUGAAGACAAAGAAUGUCUUCAUUGAGUGCACGGCUACAGACCUGACCAAGGCAAAGAUCGUGUUGGACAUGAUGGUGACCAUGUUCAGCGAGUAUUGUUCGCAGCCUUUCACGGUAGAGGAGGCCGAGGUGGUGUAUCCGGACGGCAAGACCUGCAAAUACCCAGAGCUGGCUUACAGGAAGGAGAAGUUGUCCAGUGAGUUCAUCAAUCGAAAAGUUGGCAUCAAUGAGUCAACCGAGAACAUCGCCCAGCUGCUGACGAGGAUGUGCCUGCUCUCCCAGGCUACAGGUGUUGGUGAUGAGAUCGAGGUUGAGAUCCCACCCACACGCUCAGACGUCAUCCAUGCCUGUGACAUCAUGGAGGAUGCCGCCAUAGCCUACGGAUUCAACAACGUCACCCGCACCACACCGCGCACCUACACCAUAGCCAACCAGUUCCCACUGAAUAAACUGACAGAGCUAUUGAGACAAGACCUGGCAGCAGCUGGAUUCACAGAGGCCCUCAACUUUGCCCUGUGUUCUCAAGAAGAUAUAGCUGAUAAGAUUGGAAAGAAGAUCACAGAGACCAGAGCGGUUCAUAUCUCCAACCCCAAGACAGUCGAGUUCCAGGUGGCGCGCACCACCUUGCUGCCAGGCCUGCUGAAAACCGUAGCUGCCAACAGGAAGAUGCCCCUGCCCCUCAAACUGUUUGAGAUAUCUGACGUGGUGCUGAAGGAUGAGACCAAAGAUGUCGGGGCGAGGAACAGCAGGCGUUUCUGUGCUGUUUACUACAACAAGAGUCCGGGCUUCGAGGUGAUCCACGGCCUGCUGGACCGAACCAUGCAACUGCUGGAGGUGAAGUCCUCCCGCGGGGACGGCUACCACAUCCAGGCUGCAGACGAUUCCACCUUCUUCCCUGGUCGCUGCGCUGAGAUCUUCGUCCGUGGAAAGAGCGUAGGGCGUCUCGGGGUCCUCCACCCAGACAUCAUCAAUUGUUUCGAGCUGACCAUGCCCUGCUCGGCCCUGGAGAUGGACAUCGAACCCUUCCUUGGCCACACAGCUGAAACCACCCUCACACACGACGUCCCCAUGCAGGAAGUCCUCCAGCACAAGUUCCCCACGCGAGACGAAUCCUCGCAGGCCCCAUCCUCCCGCCCAGCUUCUACAAAAACUGUGUUUGGUGACACGAGCACACCAGCUGGCCUUAAAGCUCUCAAUGAUUUUCUGGCCGACAAAAGCUACAUGGAGGGAUUCACAGUGUCCCAGGCAGACACGGCGAUGUUUGACGCCAUCCCUUCUGCUCCCUCGCCGACCUUCUGCCACCUCAGCCGCUGGUAUAACCACAUUAAGUCCUUCCAUAGGGAAAGAGCCGGCCUUCCAUCAGCUCAGAGUCAGUUUGUCCUCCCUGCUACGCCCCCCUCCUCGAAAAACAACACCAGCGAUGUUGAUGAUGAUGAUGACAUUGACCUUUUUGGCUCAGACGACGAGGCCGAGGGCGCCGAGGCGGCCAGAAUCAAGGAGCAGCGCCUCGCCGAGUAUGCCGCCAAGAAGUCCAAGAAGCCUGCUCUCAUCGCCAAGUCUUCCAUCUUGCUUGACGUCAAGCCCUGGGACGACGAGACGGACAUGAGCAAGCUGGAGGAGUGCGUCCGCAGCGUCAGCAUGGACGGGCUGCUGUGGGGGCAGUCCAAGCUGGUGCCGGUGGGCUACGGCAUCAAGAAGCUCCAGAUAGGAUGUGUGGUGGAGGAUGACAAAGUGGGCACGGAUCUGCUGGAGGAAGCAAUCACCGCCUUCGAGGAAUAUGUUCAGUCUGUGGACGUGGCUGCCUUCAAUAAGAUCUGAAUCAUAGCAACACAGAACAAACUCACUGAAUGGUACCAUGAUGUUUUCUGGUCUUGGUUUAAGAUAGGGGAUGUAAUAUGAAACACUAUGUUCAACCACUGCUCCAACGUCCAUUAACACAAUAAUCAAAGCUCAGGUCCUUCAUUUAAAAUACUGUUUAUCCUUUGAUACAAGUACAGAAGAUUCUUGCCUUCAGACAUCGAAUAAAGCCAUUGUAACUUC